AUAUAUAUAUAUAAGUUCUGUUUGUUUCAGAUGAUUAUAAUUUCUUUCUGGGUAUUUUCAGGGUUGAGAACAGAGACUACUUAAAUUGCCAAAAGAUUAUGAUUUACAGUUUAGGUUUAGCUUAGAUUUGGUUCAUUAAAAUAGGUUUUUAGUUUGGUUAUUAAUGCAUUAGAUCUCAGGAAGAUUACAGUGAAAAUUCUGGGACAUAUACCCAACUUCUAUCUCCCUCAAAUCAAACCAAACCACUCACCUAAAACAGUUGAAACUAGACAGAGGAGGAUUGAGUAAGUAGCCCAACCAGUUCUGUUCAUUUGAAUUUUCUUUUUGUAGAAAAUUCUUUUAGUAUAUAUAUAUAUAUAUAUGUAUGUAUGUAUGUAUUUAUAUGUAUAUAGAUUACUGGUCUUGAGAGUCAGAUAGAGUUGUUGAGUUUUCUUGAGCUGGGUUUUGCCUAAUCUGGUCCAAAUUACAUCACUGUGCAAACAUCUUUACAGAUUUAUACAACUGCUGAACCCCUUUCUCUCUUAACACUAAAUCUUGAAGUUCCAAUUUAGCACACUUCUUAAACUUCAAGAUCUCAAAAUUAUUUACCAGACAAAAUCGACUCGAGGCGGCUGCUGCUGAUUCGAUUCGAGCUGCUUUCCUACUCAUCCUUGUCAUACAGAAACUAAUAAAUUGAUUGAAAAUUGACAGGCCUUUUCUCUAACAGAAAAGUCUCCCCUUAUGAAACAAGUAAACUAACCAUUAAUCUUUUAUUCCAGUUUGAUCAUCAAUAAUUACAUGUAUUUAUUUGAUUGACGAAGACAAACUUGACUAAUAAUGUUUCUUUAACCUUAAUUUUGGUCGAAAAAUCAACAAGUCGUAGUAAUGUCAUACUUCGAGUUAUCUCUCGCUCUCGAUUAUAUCCUUGUACACUCAAACACCAAAUACCCAUUUCCAAAAACUUGUUUUUUCUUUACAUAAUUUUCUUGGGAAAGAAUAGAAUAGUGUUUGGAUAUUUUUAAAGUUUGGAAUAAAAUAAGACAAGUUACCAAACACCACUAACGAAGAAAAACUAGCUUAGACUAAGUUGCAAAAACUUUGCAUCAGCUGUAAGUCACCUAUAUUUGUAUGUAUUAGUCUACAUGCACUUCCAAUAGAAGCUUUUGCUUUCAACAUAUUUUUUUUCCACACCCUUUGCUCAGUCAAAUGCCUUAUCAAUUUUGCUAAAGAAAAAGAAAUGAUGAACAUCAUCUUCCCCCCCCUUUUUAUUUUUUUUUUAUCUUUCUACCUUACCAUCUCUUUUUUCCAUCUCUCUCCCUCUGUUUUUCUCUGUUUCUGAAAAUGAAUCUUCAUCUGCCUUCAACCAAACUUCUGUUCUUGACCACCAUAACAGUAUUCCUAAUCUAUAUCCCUGCCUCUGCCUUUGCUGCCGAUGAUCGCUUCUUGAAUUGCAGCCGGCUAAUAAGUUGCGGUGACGUUCAAAACAUCGGUUAUCCAUUCUGGGGAUGGAGCAGGCCGGAGUACUGUGGGUUCCCAGGUUUCGAGCUGAGCUGUAGUGAUGAUCAUCUCCUUGUAAUCAGAAUCAUGGAUUUGAGUUACCAAGUCAUCCGCAUAGAUAAUCAAUCCCAAUCCUUAACAGUUGCUAGAUUAGAUUAUUUAGAAAAUCUUUGUCCAAAUCUUCUUUUCAACACCACUUUGAACACCACCCUUUUCAGUUUUAGUUCAGAUAAGGAAGAUGUCAGACUCUAUUACAAUUGCUCUCUGCCAACUUCGGCUGCAAAUGUUGGCUUGCCCUUUGAAUUUAGAUGCGACAUAAACGGAACUGAUGAUCUAUUAGGUUACUUCAUGAUGGGACUCACGCCAGAUGUAGUAAGUGCUGUUCUGGGUUCGUGCGAAAACAGCGUGAUCAUUCCAGCAAAUAGGUCAUUAUUGAUCAAUCAAAGUUCAGAUAAUCUGGUUAAUGUUCUUAGGGCUGGAUUUGGGCUGACAUGGUCUGCAAAUAAUACUUGGUGCCAGCAUUGUGAAGCCAUUGGAGGACGUUGUGGAUUCAAUAACACCUCCACUUGUUUCUGUGAAAAUCAAAUCUGUGAUCAAAUGGUAAACGAAAGUAUACCAAAAGGUAUCUAUCUUCUCUUUCUUCUUCUCUCCCUGUUAGAAAAGUUUUGA